CUUCCGCGCCCAAAAUUACAAAUCACUGAGAGGUUGAAACCCUUUAGACCUAAACUGAACCCCACACGGUACUCACAACUCGCAGAUCUUCUCGACUCAUUUCUUCACGGUGGCACGGCACUGUACUGCGAGGAAUAAAAGUGUCUAGUUCAUGAUAUGGAAUACCUCAAGAAGUUGAGACACCCAUUACUGACAUCAAAAGAGCCCAAUGAAGAUCCUACAGAAGAGAUGCAAGAUCUAAUAACAAUGUUACAAGAUAAGAAGUAUGUCUUCUGGCAUAGAAGAAACGGAAAUUCAGAUAUUGUUAAAGAUAUAUUUUGGACACAUCCAAACGCAAUACAUUUGUUGAACCAAUUUCCCUUUGUCUUGGUCAUCGGCUGCACAUAUAAAACCAAUAGAUUUCAGUUCCCGCUACUUGAAAUUGUUGGUGUUACAUCAACAGAGUUGACAUUUACUGUCGCGUUCGCCUUUUUGGAAUCUGAGCAACUAGAUAACUUCACAUGGGCGUUACGGAAGUUAAGAGGAUUGUUUUUGAGAGAUGAUUCAAUUUCUCAAGUUAUUGUGACUGACAAAGACCCUGUUUUGAUGAACGCGAUUGAAUUUGUUUUUCCUAGUUCACGUAUAUUGCUAUGUCGAUUUCAUAUGUCUAUUAAUGUAAGACCAAAAUGUCAGAAGACGGUGUCUCCAAAAGAGAAAAUUGUGAAUGUGCUUGAAGCAUGGAGUGAUCUUAUUAAUUCUCGCAAUGAGGUUGAGUAUGAGCGGCGCUUGCUUCAUUUUGAGGUUCUAUGUGCAGAUUGUCCUAUUUUUCUAGAGUACGUCAAAAAUACGUGGUUGAUUCCUCACAAAGAAAAGUUUGUCUUAGCGUGGACUGAUCGAGUGAUGCAUUUAGGAAAUACAACAACAAACAGGGUUAGGUCUAUACGCGGUACUUGGAAGUCACUGAUACAGGAAAGAAAUGGAGACAUGUGUGAAUGUUGGGAUGCAAUGAACAAUAUGUUUAGACUGCAACACUGUGCAAUAAGGGCUUCAUUCGAAAGAAGCACGUACAUGGUGCAACACCGACAUAAUAUUCCGGUGUAUGAGAAAUUGAGAGGACAUGUAUCAAAGAAUGCAUUGAAUCAUAUUGUUCUUGAGUAUGAUCGAAUGAACUCUAUAGACAUUGAAAAUUUUAUUUGUGGUUGUAAAGUUAGAAAGACAUAUGGUUUACCUUGUGCGUGUGAACUUGUGCAAUAUAGUAGGACGGGUGUUGUUGCCAUUCCAUUGUUGCUAGUUCAUAUACAUUGGAAGAGAUUAGGCUUGGGUGAUAAAAAAGGUAAAGAGACAGACAAGUUGAAAGAGGAAGACUUGGCGCAAGAGUGGGAUGCAUUGCUAAAGCGAUUUCAAGAACUUGACGUUGUUGGUAAAAUUGCUCUGAAGAGCAAAGUGCGCGAGCUUGCAUUUUCAGAUACAACUUCAAUGUGUCAAGCUCCUAUCGUUGAAGGUGAAGGCCCUUUUACUAGUGGCAAAGGUACUUAUGAGGAAGACUUGGCGCAUGAGUGGGAGGUGUUGUUAAAGCAAUUUCGAGAACUUGACACUGUUGGUAGAAUCAUUUUAAGGAGCAAAGUGCAUGAACUUGCAUUUCCAGAUACAAUUUCAACGUGUCAACCUCAAAUCAUGGAAGAUGAAUGCCUUUCUAUUAGUAGCGACAACCCUUGUAUUGGUCCUGAGUCAGUUUGGGAGGGGAGGUGCCACAGAGUUGCCGCUAUUCUUCGGACCGUCUUCGAUAAGCAGUUGCUUCUUGAAGGAAGUGAGCUUGAUAAACACCUCACUCAGGCACUAUGCAUAAUGCAAGGUGGAAGUGAGGAAGGUGAAAGUAUGGAGGGACUAGCAUAUCAGAGGAGAAAGAAGCCUCGCUCCACACAUGAUUAAACUGACUAUGUUUUUAUUUGGACCUUAUUUUUUUCAAUCCCUCACUAUUGUAAUGAUUGCUUCUGUUGAAGCUUUUCAGCUAGAUUUUGUCUCCGUUGGUGUAAUACUAAUAUUUAGGACUUGUAAUGACGGUAUUUCUUUACUGUCCCAUGAUAUUUAGCUAUUUAACUAUAAAAACUGAUUAUACAUCAGCACUUAUCUUUCAUGUCAG